UGAAUUGGCUGAUUGAUGGAUCUGUAUGUAAAGAAAGGUAUGGGUCACGGAACCAGCAGAGUGGAUCCAGAGCGAAUUGUGGGGGAACAUGUAUGUAUGUACAUGGAGUGCACGCCCUACAUGGCAUUUGCCUUGUCGGGUCAAUGCCCGUGCGACGCGCUGCAGCGUGGGACAGCCGAUCUUGGAGGCCUUGACCGUAUCCAUAUAAGGGCAAUAGAGAGCAAUCUCAUGAUUCUGUUGUGGGUGGUGUCUGCUCGGAAUCCUCGUAGUGAACUUGGCACACUGGUGGGGCAGAGACCGACGUAUGUGGGCAGCCGAUACGCCUCCGGCGGCGCUACGCGACUGAGUCAAGCUUUCGUAGCAUUUUCUUUGAUACCAGAAACAGUCACAAUUGUUAUCUCAACAGUCACAGCUUUAUAACCCAAUUCCUCCCCCCUCCCUUCUUGUCUCUCCUUCACUCUCCCACUUUCCCCUCGCAAUUCGCCUGCCAUCAUGUGUGGAAUCUUCGCCUGCUACAAGCACCCCGAUGUGCAGAAGUUCAAGCCGACAGCCCUGAGAAUGGGCAAGGCCGUCCGACAUCGGGGCCCUGACUGGAGUGGCAACCAUAUUGCGAACGACACAAUUCUCGUUCAUGAGCGUCUUAGCAUUGUUGGCGUCGAAUCCGGCGCACAGCCGCUAGUCAACGAUGACAAGACCGUUUCUCUGGCUGUCAACGGCGAGAUUUACAACCACCGUAUCCUACGCAAGUCGCUCAAGAAGCCGUACAACUUCAAGACGCAUUCGGAUUGCGAGGUCAUCAUUCCAUUGUACCUAGAACAUGACAUCGAUACGCCACGGCACUUGGACGGCAUGUUCUCGUGGGUGCUUCACGACAAAGUACAAGACCGAGUCCUCGCCGCGAGAGAUCCCAUCGGUAUUACCACCUUUUACCUCGGACGGUCAAGCCAGACACCCGGUGCCGUCUACUUUGCCUCCGAGCUCAAGUGUCUACAUCCCGUGUGCGACGACAUUAUUGCAUUCCCACCGGGUCACAUCUACGACUCCAAGACCGACAAGUUGACGCGAUACUACGAUCCCAAAUGGCUUGUAGAGCCGUCCAACAUUCCCACAAAACCAGUCGAUUACAAGGAGCUGCGGGAAACACUCGAGAAGUCGGUCCGGAAGAGGCUUAUGGCCGAAGUGCCAUACGGUGUGCUGCUAUCUGGUGGUCUCGACUCCAGUCUUGUGGCCUCCAUCGCACAGCGUGAGACGCUCCGUCUCAACGAGGCUGCGAGAAAGCAAGCCGAAGCCGGAAGCGUCAAUGGCGAUGCGGAGGAGCUUGUCGGUAUCGACGACGACAACGAGCUCUCCACCAUCCAAAUGCUGCCCCAACUUCACUCCUUCUCCAUUGGACUCCCCAAUGCUCCCGAUGCAGUCGCAGCGAGGGAAGUUGCAGACUUCCUCGGUACCCGCCACCAUACUCUGACCUUCACACUCGAGGACGGAUUGAACGCCCUCUCGGACGUCAUCUACCACCUCGAAUCCUACGAUGUGACCACGAUCCGCGCCUCCACACCCAUGUUCCUUCUCAGCCGUAAAAUCAAAGCCAUGGGCAUCAAGAUGGUGCUUUCGGGCGAGGGCAGCGACGAAAUCUUCGGUGGAUACCUCUACUUCCACGCAGCCCCCGACAAGGCAGCGCUACACCAAGAAACGAUCCGCCGCGUCGAGAACCUCCAUCUGGCUGACUGCCUGCGAGCCAACAAAUCAACAUCGGCAUGGGGUCUCGAAGCCCGCGUCCCGUUCCUGGACAAGAACUUCCUCAACACGUCCAUGAACAUCGACCCGGCCGAGAAGAUGAUCACAAAGGACCGCAUCGAAAAGUAUAUCCUCCGCAAGGCCUUCGACACCUCGGACGAGCCGGACACGAAACCCUACCUACCGGAGAAGAUUCUCUGGCGCCAGAAGGAGCAGUUCUCCGACGGUGUCGGAUACGGGUGGAUCGACGCGCUCAAGGACCGCGCCGAGGAGGAAGUCACCGACGAGAUGAUGAAGAACCCCAAGCCUGAAUGGGGCAGCGAUAUCCCCGACAGCAAGGAGGCGUACUGGUACCGCUGCAUGUUUGACGAGCACUUCCCGCCGCACUGCGCGAAGACGGUCAUGCGCUGGACGCCGACGUGGAGCAAGCAGACGGAUCCUUCAGGACGUGCCAUCCAGAUCCACAACCAAAAAUACGACGAGGAGAAGUAAAUCCACGUUCUCCCGCGUUAAUUGUAGAAUGAAGGGGAGGGAGCACUAAACGAUUUACGCUUUCCAAACUCUUCUCUCUCGUGAUUUAAGAUUAUAUAUCUCGAAGAAUGCAAAGAACGAUUUCAAGCUUUUUUUUUUCUUUUUCUUUCUCUCUCUCUCUCUCUCUCUCUUCCCCUUCUUUGGUGGCAUCAAAUCAGAUCAACAUCUGUUAAUCUACUUGUCUUUCAUCUACACUUUCGUUUCAAGUGGAACUUGGAUACGUGAACCUUCUCUAGCUUGCUUUAUUUCGCUGGACC